AUGUCAUUAAUAUCAUUUUAUUUAGCUUAUCUAACUGAACAACGUUUUAAACAAGUGGCGAAUAAGGGUGAUCCAACACGACUUGGUAUAUUUGUUCGUGCUAACGGUCUUAAAAUUCUUGCAAAACAUUUUGCUCGUUAUGAUCCAUCUAUACAAUCUUAUGAUGAACGUUUAACAUCAUCACCAUCAACAACAACAGUACAACAACCAAAUACAAUUAAUAACAAUAAUAAUACAAAUUCUAAUCCUUGGGCUAAUGGUACAGGUUGGGGUACAGGUUCAACACACUCACAAUGGAAACCAGAUGAAAUAAUUCAAAUGUAA